GCCAGAGCUGAGCGGUGACGGAGGCCUGCUCGCCGAGGUGCGGCAGCUCCCCUUCAGGUGUCGCAGACAGACGCUGCGGGCCCUGGGUGGGAAGCGAAAGGGUGAGUGCGAUUCCCAGAACUGUGUGAUCGCCGCCACGAUGGACCGCCCGGACGGGGAGCCUCCGGUCAAGACUCGCCGCACUAGCAGCCGUGACCUCCUUCAGUGUGAUUUGCCGCCGCCGCCACCGCUCCUGCAAAUGCCUUUGCUUCCGCCUCUGCAGCGCCCGCGGCUCCGGGAAGAAACCGAGGCGGCACAGGUGCUGGCUGACAUGAGGGGGGGUAGAUUGGGCCCCACUCUGCCCCCGCCACCACCCUAUGUUAUUUUGGAGGAGGGAGGGAUCCGCGCGUACUUCACCCUGGGGUCUGGGAGCCCUGGCUGGGAGCCUGCAAUUGACUCCGGGUACGGGGGGGCCAGCCCCCGUCCCACAGGAAGCCUGGGAACACUCUCUACUUCCGAGGCUUCUGGGGAAAAUCUAGAAAUCGGCUUUCAGGUUACUGGGCCUAGUAGCCUUGCUGAGGAGAAGGCCCUAGAAACCUGUAGCAUGUGGGGGUGGCGGCCCCAGAGAUUGGCUAGCCCAAAGCGGAAGGAAGAGACUGUCAUCAUAGUGGAAGAAGAUGAGGAUGAAAUGGAAGGUGAGAAGAAGAGGUGGAGGAGAAGGAAGCGGAGGAAGGUGAAGAAGGAAAGUAAUGAGAGGAAUGCCGAGCGGAUGGAGUACAUUUUGGAGGCACUGGAGGAUAUUCAACUAGACCUAGAGGCAAUGAACAUCAAGGCAGGCAAGGCCUUCCUCCGUCUCAAGCGCAAAUUCAUUCAAAUUCGAAGACCCUUCCUGGAGCACAGAGACCUCGUCAUCCAGCGAAUCCCAGGCUUCUGGGUUAAAGCAUUUCUCAACCACCCCAAAAUUUCAAUCUUGAUCAACCAACGUGAUGAAGACAUUUUCUGCUACUUGACCAACCUGCAGGUACAGGAUCUCAGACAUGUCUCCAUGGGAUACAGAAUGAAGCUGUACUUCCAGACAAAUCCCUACUUCACAAACAUGGUUAUUGUCAAAGAGUUCCAACAUAACCACUCAGGUCGACUGGUGUCUCACUCUACUCCAAUCCGCUGGCACCGAGGCCAGGAACCUCAAGUCCAAAAGCACAGGAACCAGACCACCAGCCACAGCUUCUUCAAUUGGUUCGCAAACCAUAGCCUCCCAGAAGCGGACAGGAUUGCUGAGAUUAUCAAGAAUGACCUGUGGGUUAAUCCUCUACGCUACUACAUGUUGGGAGAAGAGAGAUACCGGCCAAACAGAAAGAAGCAAGACCAGGAAAGUAAUACCAAGGACGAAUAUGAAGUGAUGAUCCUGGAAGAUUCUGAUGAUUAUCAAGCAGUGAGAGACAUUAUCAGCGAGACCUCAGACAGUGAUGUGAGCACUGAUAAUGAAAAUAUUUCUGACAUCAAAAUCUCUGACUUCAUGGAGACAACCGACUAUUUCGAGACCACUGACAGUGAGAUAACUGACAUCAGUGAGAGUCUCUGUGGCAAUGAGAGUCCUGACCGUGUGACCACUGAUGAUGACAAUGAGACCACUGAUGACAAUGAGACCACUGACAACAAUGAGAGUGCCAAUGAUGAGAGCCCGAGUGACAACAGUGAGAACUCUGAAGACAAUAACAAGACCACCAGUGACAAUGAGAAUCCUCGUAACAAUAACGAGAGCGCUGAUGAUGAUGAGAAUGUUGAUGGUAACAAGUACCCCAAUAGCGAUGAUGAGAGCCCUGAAGGUGACAGCCAGACCAAUAGCAGCAACCAGGGCAGCUGCGAUAGUGACAUUGAAGGAGAUAUUGAGGACAGUGAUGAUGAAGAUAAUGAUGGCAAUGAAGGUGACAGUGAGGGCAGUGAUGAUGAUGGCAAUGAAGGUGACAAUGAGGGCAGUGAUGAUGAUGGAGAUAGUGAAGGCUAUGAGAAUGGUAUGGAAGACCCUGACCAGGAUCAAGAUAAUAGCAACAAUCUGAAUGAAGAUGAGGUAGAGGUAGAGGACUUCUCAGAAGAAGAGGAGGAACGCAGUGAGGAAGGCAGUGAGCAAGGAGAGGACAGCGUUGACUCAGAUGAGGCUGGAGGUGAAGAAGACUACGAUAUGGGGGAAGUGUUUCAGACCCCAAACUCUUGGGUUCUCCCAGGAAAGUAGGAAAAACGGGGUGGGGGCGAGCCUCACCCUGGAUGCAAGGAAUCUGCAUUCUCCUCACCUUUCCUUACUUGCCCUGCCCUCAGCUAGGGCCACAUGGCCCCACCUUGCACUUAUGGAGUGACUGAUGUCGUGCACGGGUUUAAAGUUAAUUAUUCUGGUUUAGUUAUUGUCGUUUUUAUUUUGAGGGCGGAGGGAAAGGGCACUUCUCCUUCCUUCACCCCCUCCUUUAGGCUUCUGUGCGCAGCAAAACGUAUUUAUUGUGUUGCCUUUGCCAGGGCCCCACUAUCUCCUAAACCUAGUCAUUGUGGACCCAGCCACUGCCCGCACCGAGCUAUAUAGAUCCCCUGAUCCCAAAAUGGUGAGGGCCACUGUGGCCAUAGUCAAAGCUGCACUGUGGCUUUGGGGAGUUAGUGGGUGGCUCUGCUCUUCUGCUGUCACUCUGCCCUUUCAAGCCUGUCUCCCCGCUUCAUCCAGCAUUUACCACUAGCCUCCUCCUUGUUCUGUGUGCGUGGGAGGCCACUUCACCAAAGCCGUGUUUACCAUCCCCGCCUCCUAGAAGCCCCACCUCGUUCUCUGUUAACCCUAAUGAUCCUAAUAAAAUUCUAAGCAAAUCUAUAA